AUCUUAAACACCCAGACGUGUAUUCUAUAUAUUAUUCAUUAAAACAAAAUAUUUUCAAACUUAUAAAAAAUGAAUUUAAUAUGUCAACUAUUUAUAUACUGUUCAUUUAUUGUGAUUCAUACCAAUGCUGUUUUAGAUCUUCAAAUUUUAACCGUGGUUGCUCAGAAAAUGUCUAGAACAAAUGGACUACUUUAUAAUAUUUAUCAAACCGGAAAAGCUGUAGAAGUAUUAGCUGAUUAUUUCGAUAAUAAUACGUAUGAUACGAUAGUACAUUAUUUUUUAAGAGAAGAAUACGAUCAAUUAACGAGGAAUGAUAGUGAUGUUCAAGAAAUACCACAAUCAGAAGAGACAUUAGAUGCUUACGAUAUGAAAGAAGAAAAAAUUUUUAAUGAUUACGCUCUUGAGUGCAAUACAAGUUUAGGAUAUAGAGUAAAUGCGUCAUAUAACCGAGAAGUUUGGGACCGGAAGAUCAUCAUGGAAAAAAUAUUUCAUAAUUACUUCAAUUACAAAGUUGAUAUGAGUUCUAAUCUCAUGUGCCAAAACAAUGAGAAUAAGUUAUGUGAAAUAAUUGCGUUGUUAAGAUCUACUCAUAUAUCAGUGAAAAUUUUUGAGUUCCAACCCACUUGCGAUAACGGUCUAUGUAAUAUCUCUAGAUACAAUAUGCAAGAUAUUAAUCCUUCUGAAAAAAUUCUUUUUGGAAUUGUCCCAACAAUUUUUGUACAGUUAGAAAACAAAACAAUCCAAGUCGACACGAGUUCACAAAUCAACCUUGGAGUAUAUAAUUUUACUACAAAUGAAUAAAAAUUUAAUUUUUAAAAAUUAUAAGUACCAUUUAGUUUUAUGUAUUAAUCGAAAUGUCGAAAAUAUAUAUAUAUUAAUGCAAAAAUAAUA